AUGGAUUUGGAUCGCUAUGGUCUUGAUAUGACUCUCUCGCCACCCCAAUCAUCUGAUGAAGAAAGUGCGGAUGACGUUAUGGAGGCAGAGGAAAGACCAGUCCGCCCAUCGGAACUUUUGGAAAUUGCUAAAUGGAAGCGAUCGCUGUUGGACAAGAAGCAAGACGAGAAUCUGAAACGGUGGAUGAUGCAGAAGAUGUUGAUAGUUGUGCUGGACAAGCAUGUGGAGGAAGCGAAGAAGAUGAGAAGGGAGAGGAAGAGAAGAAGCACCGGGAGCAGUCCUUCAUCUUCUGGUUCGAAUAGUGCAGAUGAGUCCGACGAGAAAAUCGAUGUACCUGAAAAGAUGAGGAAAGCAUCUGGAAAGACGACGGUCAACAAAUAA